GUGUUUGGGAUGGUGCAAAAGAUGUUGCCAAAGAGCUGCUGCCGUGGAGUGGAAAGAGGAAUCACUCUCGGGAACAAAACCAAAACAAGUCAGAGCGCAACCUUUGGCACGUUGGCUUUUAUAGGUCAGGUCUCAGGGAAAGGGGGGUCGCUCUCUUUUUUUUCGCACAUGCGGAACUCCACAAGAAUUCUGGAGCCAGAGUGGGCGGAGGAAGCGCCACGCAAAGUAUCGCGUGUCUGGCCAAACGUUUCUUGUUGAGUUUGCAAAGCCCGUCCCGUUCCUUCGCGCGCCGGCAUCUGGCCAACAGCUGAAAGGCAUUAGCUUCGCUUCCUCUGCGCUCCUCCGCCCGCGUUUCCAGGCACGUGGAAGAUCUGAAUCCAUCCGGAAAGGAACGGCGGCGCGCACUUUCCACGAUGAAUCGUGCCUUCAACAGGAAAAAAGAAAAAUCAUGGAUGCACACACCCGAGGCGCUGGCCAAGCAUUACAUAGCCUACAACGCCAAGUUUCUUGGUAACGCUGAAGUGGAGACCCCAAAAGGAACGGAGGUUGUCAAGGAUGCCGUGAGAAAGCUCAAGUUUCAGAGGCACAUCAAGAAGUCAGAGGGACAGAAAACCCCAAAGGUCGAGUUGCAGAUUUCCAUUUACGGCGUGAAAAUUCUCGAUCCCAAGACAAAAGACGUGCAGCACAACUGUCAGUUACACAGAAUAUCCUUCUGUGCGGAUGACAAAACGGAUAAACGGAUCUUCACCUUCAUUUACAAGGACUCCGAGUCCAACAAACACCUGUGCUACGUGUUUGACAGUGAAAAGUGUGCCGAGGAGAUCACGCUGACCAUCGGCCAGGCUUUCGACUUGGCCUACAAGAAGUUCCUGGAGUCGGGAGGCAAAGACGUGGAGACCAGGAAGCAGAUUGGAAGUCUGCAGAAGAGAAUUCAAGAGCUGGAAACCGAAAAUUCAGAGUUGAAGCAGCAGCUCCAAGAUCUGGAACAGCAGUUGAUGAUGGCACACGUGCCCCCACCGUUCUAUCUCAACGAAGCUAACGACGCGUACGCGCUGCGGAGGCCUUCUUCUCUCUUCUGGUGUCACGACCUCAACUCCUGUCUGGAGAUCUCCUCUGUCACCCUCACGCCUAUGAGCUCGCCAGAGUCCAACCUGUCUGCCGGCCUACUAACCCCGCCGCCUGCCAAAUGCACUUUCCUUCCUCCCAAAGCGCCCGAGGGAUGCGGCGUCCCGCGACCUCGCACGGGGAGCGUCUCGGUGCAAGCGCGGUCGACAGACGUUUUCGACAUGGUGCCCUUCUCCCCGGGGACCGUGCUGGUGCCCACGCAAGCCAGCAACGGCUGCCCGGUACCUCCAACCGCACUGCCGCCAAACAUAGUCGCAGUGUUGUCUGAAGGGAAAGACCUGUUUGGGGCCGAGCCAUUUGAUCCCUUCACCUGCGGGUCGGCUGACUUCCCUCCAGAUAUUCAGUCGAAGCUGGAUGAAAUGCAGGAGGGGUUCAAAAUGGGACUGACCCUAGAGGGCGCCGUCUUCUCCCCGGACCCGCUCGAUGGCCGCUGCUGAUUUCCCCAGAAGAGGGUUUGGGGGGGUUUUGGGUUAUUUUCUUUGAGCCCGUUUAUACGAUUUUUGUACAAGUGCCAAAAUCCACUCCCAUGUUCGAGUGGGGAUGUCACACCCUUUUUGUUUGCCCCCCCCCCCAUCUUGAAAUUUAUAUACGCAUUUACAUUUACAUUGUUUUGCUGUGUUCUAAUUUUUCAGGUCCGCAGCAUUGUGGGAAGAGACAUAUUUUUCUAAAAACUGGAAAUGAUAGUUUUGACGACAUUUGCUUUUGUACAGUGCAUGAGAGUUGUGUGGGGGUCAUUCAGUCACACGGCACAAUUUCAAUUGUGUUUUCCAAAUGCCAGGUAUGAAAUACGAGGAAUGCAGUGGCGGGCCGUGCAUUUCAACCUUCGGCCUUCAGUGACGUCACAUACAUGAACAGAAUAUAGGCUCGUCAGGCAGCAUUUAAUUUCAGGAGCAUUUAAAGUAUGCAUUCACAAGUAAGAGCAGGAAACUCAAUUGACAGAUAGUCAAAAAUAAAAAGAUUUUAAAAAUACUAAAUAAAAUGCCACCCAAAUUAUGCUGUGUGAUCAUAAACAAGUCUGUCCAAUAAAUUGCGCAAUGUCGCAGUUUCAUACAAGACACCAAACACACAGUAACAAAACAAACUAUUCUUGAAAAUAAAAUGAACAGAUCAUUUGCAUUUUGAGACUGGGCUAUACAACAGCAAAUAACUGCAAAUGUUGAGCAGCUGAGAUUGAACGAAUUUUAGUGCACAAAGCUGACGACAAUGCGCCAUUAUAAGUUGCAGGUGAGCUGAUUUAUUUGAUACAUUUUUGUAUGUUUGUCAUUUUAUUUCGUGACCAUUAAUACUAACGAAAUAAAAUAACAAGAAGAAAUGUAAAAUAAAAUUCAUUUACUCACCA